AUGAAUAACUGCCAAUUUAUUGUUAACACAUCCAAAUCUAUCAGCAUAAUCAAUUCAACAUUGAGAUUUUCUAACAUAGAGAUAUACUCAAAUGCUUCCUAAAUAUUCUUAGAUGUCAAUUCUGUUAUAGACGUGAGUGGAAAUGGCUAUCUUUUUUCAUAUGAUGGAACCAAAAAUGUUGGAUAGGGGGCUAGCUAUGCAGCUUAAGGAGGUUACUGUGAAAAUUAAUAUAGCUAGAUUCAUACUUAUGGUACUUAUUUUAUGAUGUACAAUGAUACAAGCACAAAUUUUCAAUAUGGUAGCGGAAGUGGGUCGGCUUCAACUCAAGGAGGUGGGAGGAUAGUCCUUAUAGGUUAUUCUCUAGUACUCACUGGAUUAAUCAAUGCGAAUGGCUACCCAAACAUUGACAAUAUCAAUACAACUCAAAAUCUUCUUGGAGGCAGUGGAGGCUAUAUCUACAUUGGCUAUUUAGGAGGUAAUGAUUAAGAUCCGAGCUAGUCAGCAAAAAUCAACAUUAACUCCAUUAAUGCGGUCGGAGGUAAACCUUAGGGUGAUAAUGGUAGAGGAGGCUCUGGAGGCAGAGUCGUAUUUGAUAUCUAUCCAGCAGAAGUCAUCGAUCCAUUUUAAUAAAAUAGUAUAAGUGUAGCAGGAGGCUCCACAUCAAGAGUACUUUAAAACUUUUGCCCAAUUGGUGGUUCUGGAACUAUAUUUAGCAUCUAAUAAAACAAACUGGUGAUCGAUGGCGGUAAUCAAGGUUAACUUAUUAUUCAAAAUUAUGCAUACGCUACUUUCCCAAUAUAUGACCAAUUCUACUUAUUAAAUAAGCAGCAGCAUAAUAUAUAAAAUCUCCAUAUUGAUAAGAACUCAAUACUUGAAUUACCAAUUAUUGAUAGCAAGAAAGGCUCUAACUUUGACUUUUACCUGAACACUAAUAACUUAACUUUGACUUAAGGAUCUUAUAUGAGAAAUGCAUAUGCCUAAAGAAUCAUAAUUAAGUCUGCUAAUAUUUUGAUUGAUGCUAAGAGUGUAAUGCAAACCUUAAAUUAUCUAAGCUUUGAGGGUUCAGUUUUCUACCUUGGAGGGCAAAUUUAAAUGAAAAACUUAACCAAUUUAACUCUGGUCUAAAUAAAUGUGGACAACUAUUUUUCAAUGGGUGACUCAGCAAUAUUACAAACUGACACAUUGGUUAUCUACUCAGAUCAUAAUAUCAGCAUGUCUGGUCAGAUUUAUAGACUUUAGGAUUUCUACACAUGUACCACAGAUUAAGCAGAGGUUUUCAGUUUUAUUCAGGAUAGAAGCUAACUUCCUAUUUCAAGAGCUCAGUUGCUUGAUAACUUUAAAACAUAGUUUGGCUCUCCUUUACUUACUCAUCAAAUCGGAAACAAGACCUAUUAUGAGAAUAGUGAUAUAAGCCUCGGAUACUUAAUGAAUGAGAUACUUGUUAACUUUACAACAACUGUAAUUGCAAUCAAUUAAUUGGAUAUACAACCUUUGGCUAAUAUUAUGUCAAAUAGAAUUGGAAUGUUCUCCAAUAACUUAAAUAUUUAUGGAGCUUUAAAUACUACAGGCUUAGGCUGCCCGGCUGGAAAUGGAACUGGGGGUGGACUACCUAGUGAUGAUAAUUGUACAGCAACUGGUGGAUCACAUGGUGGAUUUGCUGGUGAAAGUAUGAAUUAUUAUACAAGAGAAGGUCCAACUAAUAAUUAGCUUACUUUAUAUAAAAUGGAUGACACAAACCUUGAUCCUUACAAUGAUGAAUUUUGCCAGAAAAAUUCACCUCCUGGACCUAACGGAAAGUAUGAUUCUGCCUAUGUUCUUGAAGGAUCAGGUGGAGGUUAAUAUAAAUCUUUAAGAAAAGGAGGAUAAGGUGGAGGCGUUAUUUGGAUUUAAGCAAAUUCUCUUAGAGUUGAAGGUCAAUUAGAAGCAAGUGGAUUCCCAGCUACAAAUUAAUAUGGAGGUGGAGGAGCAGGUGGUUCAAUAUAUCUUUCUUCGAAUACAUAAACUGGCAAAGGUAUCUUGACAGCAAAGGGUGGAUCUGGAUUAAAUGGUGGAGGUGGCGGUUCUGGUGGCAGAAUCAAACUGUUUUACUUCAGUUGGUUUGACUUAUCAAAAUAUCCAGGAAUUACCUAUGGUACUGAUUUCACUCUAAAAGUUGGUGCUGGAAAAGGAUAGUAUGACAAUAAUACUGCAUAAAAUGGCACUAUUUGGAGUACACCAUGUGCCCCAGGAUAUCAUAAGCUGUUUUGUGUUCCUUGUGACUCUGGUACUUAUAAAACUGAGAUGUCUAACGUUGAGUGCUUGCCUUGCCAAAACAUGCCUGACGAGGCUAAAGGAAAUGCUAAUUACACAAAAUCCGGCUGGUCUAAUCCACUCUGUCCAUAUAAAUGUGACUCCAGCCUAACAUAAUAUGAAGAUAAUCCUAAGUGUCUUAAGAAUUUUGAUCUAUUCUUGUAAAAUAUGGGUGGGUUACAGAUCUUCAUUAUCAUUAUCAUCGCUACAGUCUUCGGAAUUUGUGCAGUCAUUUAUUUUUUAGCUUUUGAAGAAUUAGAUUUUAUUGAUAGAGACCUGCACAUGCAAUUAUGUAGGCUAUACUUAACUGGUGGUAAUACUAUGUAAGAGCCUUGGGAAAUGCCAUUUUAGCCUCCAUUUGAAAUAUCACAUAGAAUUUAAUAAGAUAAAUAUGAGGAUUUUGUUAAGAAAAUAAAUGAGUCAGAUAGAUUCGGAUUAUUUGAAAAGAUAUUUUUCCUUUUCAUGACUAUUAUCUAUCCACCAUCUUCACCUUGGAUAUUAAAGAAACUUAGAAGAAGGCACUAUCACAACUUCAAAAAAGCUUUCAUUAACGAAGCCGAUAACUUAGAAUUCUGGAAGAGCUUAGAGGAUAAAUUAAACAUAGAACUGAGAUUUACUUCAUCAGAUGAUUAUACAAUAGCAUAUGUUGAUUUUAUCGAUAUCAAGAAGACAAAAGAAUCAUAUGAAGGUCCUAUUAUACCUUUGACUUUCAUACUCUCAGGUGAUGGAUCUUUUAGCAGUCCCUUCCAAGUAAAUAUUUAGGAUCCCUUAUUGAAAUCUAUAAGUUACUUCACAGACGAUCUCAAGAUUAAAAAUAACUAAAAGUAAAUCACAAGUAUUCUAGAUAAGAUUGAUUAAGAGGAAGAAUAUUACAUAUUGACGAAUGAAAAUGUUUAUUCAAAGAAAAGUCUCCUUUCAAAUUUGAUAGAUUACUGGAGAUUUGGGUCAAUUUUUGAUAGCAAAAAGAUCUUUAAACUUGCCUUGAUAGUACAAAGAAUAGAUGACAGAGAAAGCUAAUAAUUUGGAAGUUAUAGAUCUAAAGAUAUAAUGAUUAGCUAGGAAACAGCUUAAAACUUUAGCAAGAAAACAAGAAAACUCAGUGAUAAUAAUGGAGGAUCAGGCAGAAAUACUCCACUAGAAGUAACACCAAAAGGUUUGAAGAAAAAUCAAGAUAGAGGAGAUCCAAGCAAAUAUAUCAAACUGCUUACUACUACAAUUAGAGAGAUUCACAUUGAUCCAACAAGAGUAAAGAAGAUGAAGAUGUUCAAGAGAGAUUGGAAAUUCUACCUAAAAAUGAUUCUUUAUUUCCCAAUCGCCUUGGUUAAGACUCUUACUUUAAGGCACACUCACGUUUUUAAAGUGACAAUGAUUGCCGUUAUAUUCUAUAUAUUAUUCGUUGUACUUGACAUUGUCAUGACAGCAUAGAUUUUUGUUGUUGUAUACUUCCCAUCAGGAGAAAAGACUGUAGAAUGGGAUGCAUGGGUUUUACUUAUUUUCUAUCCUCUUGCAAUAUUCAUAUCACCACUUAUUGGACUACUAUCAUUUAUGCUUUGCAAGCCAUUUUUCUACAGAGCAGUUGCUUACAUGAACUCUUUGUGCAUUUUCCCAAAUUUACUUUUUUAUCUGAUAUUGGAGCUUAGUAUUGGUGGAAUGAAUAUUCUAUAUUACUUAAGUCUUCAAGGUAUCCUUGUUCUGAAUAAAUUGAUCUUGGCUUAACUUAUAUUACUCUAAGCUAAACUACAAGAGCAUAUGCAAUAAAAUCAUAAGCAACAAGAUCAAGAAUUAGAAUUCACUAUGCAACCUAUUCAUACAUAAGAAUCUACAGAUUGA